AUUGGAUGUGUUCAUUACAAAUCUCAGCCUCGAUAUACCUUAGCUCUAAAAGAUUUUGCUGCUAUCGUCUCAUAAGUUGUCCCAGUAUCCAAAGGAAUAUCAUAGCUGGUAGAACAAUUGGGCACUGGUAGUUGUGAAUUGUGCAGCGUUUGUUAACUCUAUUAGAGCCAUAGUACUAGAAAAGCUUUUCUUUACAUCCGGUGCUAAACAUAGAAAGUAAUAGCCAGACAGUCUGAUAAUGAUUCCCGCCAUUUCUCUAUCAACUAACAUAACCGUAACAACUAACAUAACGGUCACUUCAACACCCAAGGCUCACAAACACAAAAGACCUCUAAACUCAACCCUCAAAUCCCUGACUAAAGCAGGAAAACUAGAUGAGGCCCUUCGUGUAAUCGAAUCCCCACCGUCCAAAUCUGUGGCGUCUGAGCCAGAUCUUGAGGCCUACUCUCUUUUCCUCCACUCCUGUAUCUCUAGGAAAUCCUUAGAACAUGGCCAAAGGCUCUACUUGCACCUUCUCCUCUCUAGAGAUAAAGGCAAUUAUGAUCUUCUCAAGAACCCCACCAUAAAAACCAAGUUCAUCACGCUUUUCUCAGUUUGCGGCCUAAUUGAUGAGGCCCUUGGUGUGUUCGAGGAUGGACUUGAACAUGAACUUGUACCCGAAUCCGUCUGGGUGGCAAUGGCUAUUGGGUUUUCAAAAAAUGGGUAUUCAAAAGAAGCUUUACUUAUAUAUUGUGGCAUGUUGUCCAGGUUAGUUCGACCGGGUAAUUUUGCAUUUUCGAUGGCCUUGAAGGCUUGUGCAGAUUUAUGUGAACUGCGGGUUGGUAAAGCGGUCCAUGCCCAGAUCAUUAAGUGUAAUGAAGAACCAGAUCAAGUAGUGAAUAAUUCUCUUUUGAGGUUGUAUACUGAGUGUGGGUGUUUUGAUGAGGUACUAAGGGUGUUCGAAGAAAUGCCUCAACAGAAUGUUGUUUCUUGGAAUUCUUUGAUUGCAGGUUUUGUUCACCGAAAACAAGUGUUUGAAUCACUGGACACUUUUAGGAGGAUGCAAGGAGAGGGGAUUGGAUUCAGUUGGGUUACUCUUACAACAGUCUUACCGAUUUGUUCCCAACUGACUGCGCUUAAUAGUGGGAAAGAGAUACAUGCCCAGAUUGUGAAGUCCACUAGAAAACCUGAUGUCCCAGUACUAAACUCACUUGUGGACAUGUAUGCAAAAUGUGGAGCAACAGAUUACUCCAGGAGAGUGUUUGAUGGAAUGCAGAGCAAAGAUUUGACUUCAUGGAAUACCAUGCUGACAGGGUAUGCUGUCAAUGGGUGUCUACAAAAGGCAAUGGAGAUUUUUAAUGAGCUGGUUGAGUCUGGUAUUAGACCAGAUGCAGUAACGUUUAUUGCCUUACUGUCGGGUUGUAGUCAUGCAGGGCUUACUGGUGAGGGACAAAGAUUGUUCAAUGAAAUGAAGAAGAAUUAUGGGUUGUCACCAAGUGUAGAGCAUUAUGCUUGUUUGGUAGAUAUGUUGGGUAGAGCUGGGAGAAUCAAGGAGGCACUAGAGGUAGUGAAAUUCAUGCCUAUGAAGCCAAUUGGCAGCGUAUGGGGAUCAUUACUCAAUUCAUGCCGGCUCCAUGGCAAUGUUUCUCUAGGAAUGUGGGAUAAUGUCAAGAUAGUUAGAGACAUGAUGGAAAGAAGGGGAAUGACGAAAGAGGCAGGGUGCAGUUGGGUACAAAUAAAGAAUAGAAUUCACACUUUUGUGGCAGGUGGAGGUUUUGAAUUUCGUAAUUCUGCCGAGUAUAAGAAGGUUUGGAGUCAACUGAUGGAUGCUAUGGAAGAAAUUGGAUAUGUACCUAAUACUGGUGUUGUACUUCAUGAUGUAAACGAAGAAACAAAAUCAAUUUGGCUUUGUGGGCAUAGUGAACGACUAGCAACUGUAUUUUCACUAAUUCACAGUUCUGCCGGAGUGCCAAUUAGAAUUACAAAGAACCUUCGUGUUUGUGUGGAUUGUCACACCUGGAUGAAGAUUGUUUCAAGUGCCACUGGGAGGGUGAUUGUUUUAAGAGAUACAAACCGUUUCCACCAUUUCAGGGGAGGAGCCUGCUCGUGUAAGGACUACUGGUGAACAGACCAUAGUAAGAAAGCAUAAUUAUUUGCAUUUUUUAUAUUUAAAUUCUAAUUCAUCCUGUUCCUACAACCCACCAAAACCAAUACCAUCUCUGUGCUAGAAACUAAAUUUUCAAGCAUAAAAUAGCGUCGAAUUGCUCUAAUACAAUCAUCAUCAUCAUCCCAUAAUCAUCUGAGUAAAUUAUCAACAACAAAAAAAUACUGCAUGAACCCAUUAUAACAAAGAAUG